AUGAUUUGUUUGCAUUUUGAGAAAAAUAAUACACCUGAAUUCCAUGGCCUUUGGGAAAGUCUUAUAUAUGACAGUGAAGUAAAAUCGCAUUUACUUGAUUAUGUGACGACAACAUUACUGUUUUCUGACAAAAAUGUUGACAGCAACCUGAUCUCGUGGAACAGAGUUGUUUUGCUGCAUGGCCCUCCUGGAACUGGUAAAACCUCUCUCUGUAAAGCGUUGGCUCAGAAGCUGGCAAUUCGACUGUCAUACAGGUAUAGAUAUGGACAGUUAAUUGAGAUAAACAGCCAUAGCCUUUUCUCGAAAUGGUUUUCUGAGAGUGGCAAACUUGUAACCAAGAUGUUCCAGAAGAUUCAAGAGUUAAUUGAUGACAAAGAUGCUCUUGUAUUCGUACUGAUUGAUGAGGUAGAAAGCCUCACGGCAGCCCGCAGCGCCUUCAAGGCGGGCACGGAGCCUUCAGAUGCUAUUCGUGUGGUGAAUGCUGUACUGACACAAAUAGAUCAGAUUAAAAGGUAUCCCAAUGUAGUUAUCCUGACUACUUCAAAUAUUACGGAGAAAAUUGACAUGGCCUUUGUAGACAGGGCUGACAUAAAGCAAUACAUUGGGCCUCCGUCCAGUGCAGCAAUAUUUAGAAUAUAUCUUUCUUGCUUGGAAGAACUGAUGAAGUGUCAAAUAAUAUAUCCUCGACAGCAGCUCCUGACACUCAGAGAGCUAGAGAUGAUAGGCUUCAUAGAAAAUAAUGUGUCACGGUUAAGCCUUGUACUAAAAGAAAUCUCAAGAAGAAGUGAAGGUCUCAGUGGCCGGGUCCUGAGAAAGCUUCCUUUCCUAGCACAUGCGCUUUAUAUUCAAUCCCCCAGUGUUACAAUGACAACGUUUCUUCAAGCUCUUUCACUUGCAGUAGACAAACAAUAUGAAGAAAGAAAGAAACUUGCAGACUGUGUGUGAUACUCUGCUGUUUUACAGUUGUCUGUAUUGUUAACACUGAAAACUACACAUUUUUCAUACAAACUGUGCAACUUCAAUGCAUCUGUAAAAAGGAUUGUCAACCCCUUCCAAAGAAAUGGAGUGCCUAAUCUAGUUUUUCAAAAUAUUCAUUAAUAAACAGUUAAGAAAUUUUACAGCAUAUCUUUCACAAGCUUUAUUUCAAAUGCCAGGAAGAGAAUUGUAAAAAAUUCUUGCUGAAAGUCAGUUUCGUCUUUUGCAGUUAUUAAAAGGGGGUAGUUUUCCAUUUCUUGUUUCUUAAUCACUAACUUUCUAUCCAUGCAUCAGUUUUUAUGCUUCUGAUUUCUUUUACAUUUGUAAUAGCAUUAGAAAUUCAGUCUUUGGAUCUGAUACUUCUGUCAUAAAUACAUUAUUUGCUAUUGCUUCUGAAAUAACAAGCAUGAAACUGGGAAGGAUUCAAAGUGCUCUGUGAUGGCCCAGACCUUUUAUACUGACAUCUCUUUAUCCUGAAACUUAUUAUCAAGUAUUACUUUCUUAAUUACAGCAGAUUCAAAAGUUUAAAAUUGAGAGAUUACUUAAUUGUAUUUUGUCAUACUCUUUUGUGUGUGUGUGUGUGUCGUUGCAAGGAUGUGAACCAGAGUGGACCAUGUUUUCUCACUGAAAACUUACACUAAGAAAGGUUCUUUAAAAUGCAUGAAGUUUGGCUUUGUUUUAUUUUAUAAACAUGACAUAAAAGUUCCAUGUGGAGAAAAAUAUUUGGUACUGCAAAAGCCAGUAAACAUAAAUAUCCAGUUCCUAAAGGAACAGUCAACUUUUAUAUGGUAAAUACAUACCCUAUAUAAUACAGCUUA